GCUACAGGAAGUGAGGUCUGUAAGAAGUUCCUGUUCCACUGGAGUAGUGAACCUCGGAGAGGACUGCUUUCACGACACAUUUCUGUGCUUCAUCCUCUGUGCUCCAUGUCUGCUUCACCAAAAACCUCACGUGUUGAGUUUUCUACACAGCGCUCUUCCGUUGGUGAUACGGUCACUCUACAAUACAACCCUCAAAAAAUCAGUAAGGGUACAAGAGAGAUCAGGUGGUAUAAGGGGACAGAAUGUAUUCAUCAGGAGACCAUUGGGGAUAAUUUGUUUCUGACACUGAAAGAUGUUAAAGACACAGAUUCAGGACAGUACAGGUGUGAAGCUCAUGGAAAAAGCAAAAAAGAAGUGGCUGUUAUUUAUCUUCAUGUUGCAGAGUUUAAAGUGGUCUCCGGCGUCUAUUCUUUUAGCCCGUCCAAUUACUUUCCUGGUGAUGAUGUCACUCUGCCCUGCCACCUCUCUCCAAAAAAGAGUGCUGUUGCCAUGGAGAUCAGGUGGUUUAAGGGGACAGACUGUAUUUGUGUGUACCAGAAUGGGCAGGUCAACGAGGGGAAAGGCUAUGAGGGCAGAGUGAGUCUCUUCACAAACCAGCUGGAGGAAGGAAACGUGUCUCUGAUGCUGGGGAAUGUUCAGAAAUCGGAUAAAGGAAAGUACAAGUGUGUAGUCACCCAUGGAAAAGACAAGAUGGAAAAUGAUCGAAACUGGCUACGUUUGAAAGAAUUAAAACUGGUAUCUGAACCAUACAGUUACCUUAUAUACAGCAGGACCUUCUACACAUGUGCUGGUGAUCAAGUCACUCUGCCCUGUUACCUUUCUGCUAAAAUCAGUGCUGUUGCCAUGGAGAUCAGGUGGUUUAAGGGGACAGACUGUAUUUGUGUGUAUCAGAAUGGGCAGGUGAAUGAGGGGAAGGGGUAUGAGGGUAGAGUGAGUCUCUUCACCCAAAAGCUGGAGAACAGAAACCUGUCUCUGAUGCUGAAGAAUGUUCAGGAGUCAGAUGAUGGAGAGUACAAGUGUGAGGUGACUCGUGGAAAACACAAGAUGGAAAACAGUGGCGUUUACCUACAUGUGUCAGAAUUCAAACUGGUCUGCAGAUCUGAAGAUGUUGGACAGUCCACUGAAUCAGAGUAUGGGUUUCAUGAAAUGCUUGUGGCUGAUGGUGCUGAUGCCACUCUCCCCUGUUACCUUUCUCCUAAAAAGAGUGCUGUUGCCAUGGUGAUCAGGUGGUUUAAAGAGACAGACUGUAUAUGUGUGUAUCAGAAUGGACAGGUGAAAGAGGAGAAUGACUACAAGGGCAGAGUGAGAUUCUUCACCCAUGAACUGGAGGAAGGCAAUGUAUCUCUGCUGCUGAAGAAUGUUCAGGAAUCAGAUAAUGGAAUGUACAAGUGUGAAGUCACCCAGGGGAAAGUGAAGGUGGAAAAUAAUCGAAACUGGCUACGCGUUUCAGAACUAAAACUGGUAUCGGCACCAUUCCUUCACAUUGUACACAGAAAGAAGUUAUCUCUUUCAGAACCUUACCACUUCUACACCUGUGCUGGUGAUACAGUCACUCUGCUCUGUUUGCUCUCUCCCAUAACCAGUGCUGUUGCCAUGGAGAUCAGGUGGUUUAAAGGGACAGACUGUAUUUGUCAGUAUCAGAAUGAGCAGAUAAAAGAAGGGAAGGGGUAUGAGGGCAGAGUGAGUCUCUUGCCACAACAGCUGGGGGAAGGAAAUGUGUCUCUGAUGCUGAUGAAUGUUCAGAAGUCUGAUGCUGGAGAGUACACGUGUGAGGUGACUGGCUGAGAACACAAGGUGAAAACUGGAGUUUACCUAAAUGUGUCAGAAUUCAGUCUGGUCCACAGGCCUGAAGAUGUUGAAAAAUCCUCUAGAUUAAUGUCUAUAUUGAAGGUAUUAUAUGCUGAUGUUGGUGACGAUGUCACUCUGCCCUGUUACCUGCAUCCAAAAAAGAGUGCUGUUGC